AUGAGUAUUAAUAAUAAUAAUAAUAAUAAUAAUAAUGAUAGAAAAAGACUGCUCGAAAAUUCAACAGAAUCAAUUAAUAAAAAGUUAAAACCAUUAGAUGAAUUAAGUGAAAAUGGUCCAUUAACUCAAGCCGAUGUUAUAUAUUUUAAAAAAGAAGCUAUUUGGAGACAAAUGAUUCAAUAUAAACAACAAGUUUUAAAAUUAAAAGUUGAAAUUAAAAAAUUAACAAAAGAUUCUGAAUUUCUGAAAUAUUUAUUAAAUGUAUUAAUUGCUUGGUAUGAUGAAAUUUUAUUAUUAUUUAAUUUAUCAUCAUCUAAUGAAGGUAAUGAUAAUAUUUUAGUAUCAUUUGAAGAUUAUGGUAAUAAUAAAAUUGAAGAAAAAUUAGUACAAUUAAAAACAAAUUUAUCAAAAGCUAUAUCAAGUAAAAUAAAUGAGAAUCUAGAUAUAUCAUCAUUAAAAGAAUUCACUUAUUUAAAAAGUCAAAAUGAAAUACUAGCGAAUGAUAAAAAAAUCUUAUCACAAACUAUAGAGAAUUUACAAUCUGAAAUACUUGAUUUAAUAGAUAAAAGAGAAAGAAAUGAAUCUAUAACAUUAAAAAGAGUAGAUGAUAGUCGAAAAGAAAUAAAAGAAGAGAAAGUAGAAGAAGAAAUAAAACAAGAAGUUAAAGAAGACGAAGAAUCAAAAUCAACAUCAGAGAAUAAUAAUAAUAAUAAUAAUGGUAAUUCAUCAAUAAAUAUUGAAGAACUUGAAAAUUUAAAUAAUGAAAUAGAUCAAUUAAAAUCAACAAUUCAAAUAUUAAAUGAACAAAUUAAUAAAUUAACAGAAUCAAAUCAAUUAUAUUUACAAAAAUCAGAAAAUUUAGAUAAUAAAUUACAUAAUUUAGAAGAAUCAGAUUUACAAGAUAAUUUAAAUUAUAAAAAAAUUAUUAAAAAUAAUCAAUUAUUACAAGAACAAAUAAGUAAAGUUAAUAAAUUAAAUACAAUAAAUAUAACAAAAUUAACUGAAUUAGAAAAAAAACAAACUGAAAUUAAAAAAUUUUUAGAAAAUGAAAUUCAAGAAGAAAAUGAAAAAUUGAAACAACAACUAGCUAAAAAUGAAGAAGAUUUAGUAAGAAUUAGAACAACAAGAGAUGAAUUAUUAGCUAAAAACACUAUAUUAUCAACUCAAAUAGAAGAUCAAAAGACAAAUCAAUCAUUAAUAGAAUUAAACAAAACUUAUUCUAAAAGAAUUGAAGAAUUAGAAUCUUUAAAAGAACAACAACAACUACCAUCAUCAUCAUCAUCAUCAACUACUAAUAAUGAUAAUCAACAAAUACAAUUAUUACAAAAUGAAAUUAAAGAAUUAGAAUUAGCAUUUAAACAAACAAGAGAUUUAACAUUAAAAAAAUUAAAUUCAACAAUUGAUCAAGAUAAUGUUAUAAAAAAAUUAACUAUUGAGAAAACAAAAGCUGAUCAAAAAUAUUUUGCAUCAAUGAGAUUAAAAGAUUCUUUAACAAAUGAAAAUAAAAUAUUAAAACAACAAAUUACAAAAUCUCAAGAAAUUAUAAAAAAUUUAAAUGAAUUAGAAAUUAAUUAUUUAAAUAAAAUUGAAGUUUUAAAUAAUUCAUUAAUUGAUUAUAAAAUUAUAAAAGAAAAUCUGUUACAAGAAAAUUUUAAUUUACAAGACUCAAUAAGAAAUUUAAAACAAUCAAAAGAAUCAUUAGAUAAUGAAAUAAAUAGAAUUAACCAGAAAAAUGAAAUAUUUAUAAAUGAAAUUAUUGAAAUUAAAAAUUUAAAUAAUAAACAAGAAAUUGAAAUAAAUCAAUUAAAAAAAAAAUUAAUUAUAAGUGAAACAACAUUAACAAAAUAUAAAUCAAAUAAUACAAAUUUAUUAUUACAAGAAGAUGAACAACAAUUAGAAGCAUUAAGAUCAAUAGCAAAAUGUUCAGUAUGUACAAAAAAUUGGAAAGAUACAGCAAUAACAGUAUGUGGUCAUGUAUUUUGUUCAAAUUGUACACAAGAAAGAUUAGCAGCAAGAUUAAGAAGAUGUCCAAGUUGUAAUAAAGGAUUUUCAAGUAAUGAUUUAUUAACUAUACAUUUGUAA